UAGUAUAAUUUGAGAGCCAAUAAUCUUAAAAAAAUUUUAGGUUAUAUUUAUAUUUAAUGAAAUAAAUCUUUUCUAAGUAAUAAUAUGAACGAUCAAUUUAUGACGAACUUGAGAACAUUAAGAACGGAAAGACCGCCCGGAAAAUGGAAAGUUAAAUUAGAUCAAUUAAAAAAUUUUAUUCGGGAAUACGUUCAUGAAAACGCCGCUUUGUGCGAUGAAAUAGCAGAUGUCCAAGAACAAAUAAUCAUGAGAACGGAAGAAAGAAAAUUUUUGUUAAGAAAAUUAUGCGCAUUUGAACCGGAAACUGAAAAAGCUGUAGAGGCCUUAUCGAAACGUUCCGCUCAAAAUAACAACAAUAAUAAUAAUUCUAAUAAUAAUAACACCAGUUCAUCAACUUCGACGGCAAAUAUUAAAAGAAAUAAACGAAAAAAUCUUCCAAAUCAAAAUAGUAAAAAAAUGCUUAAAUCUAAGAAACCACCUCUUAAAAUGAAAAAGAGAUUCUUCCAACAAAUCCUUCUUGACUCGAUGGGUCGCCCCAUUUUUCCUAUUGAACUUGGAAAUCUCACUGUGCAUUCUUUGGGUGAAGUUGUUUCUGAUAAAUCCGAAUUUCAUUCGGAAGAUGUUAUAUAUCCCGUUGGAUAUGUAUCCACUAGAAUUUAUGGAAGUUUAAAAGAUCCUACAAUUAAGUGCAUUUAUACUUGUACAAUUUCAGAAGCAAAUGGUUUACCUAGAUUUCAAAUUGCAAGUGAUGAUAGUGAAAAUCCCAUAGUGGGUGGAUCCGCGGAUGUUUGCCACUCGUUACUCUUACAAAAAAUUAACGAUUGUUUAUCAUUUAAUGUAGUCACUACAAGACCGAGAGGAAAUGAUUUUUUCGGUCUUUCCCAUCCGACCGUUUUAAAUUUGAUUCAAACGUCGCCUGGAACGAGGAAAUGCUCCAAUUACAAAUGGUCCAAAUUUGAAGUUUCAAAAACUGACGAUAAAGUUGUUGACGAUGCGGACGCUUGUUUAAAUUUCAAUUUAUUACAACGAAGUAUUGAUUUUUGUAAAUAUAAAAUGGCACCGGACAUUCUUCCCAGGCCGCCUGAUGAUUUGUUGGAGACUAAGAAUUAUUUUUAAAGUGUGAAUAUGAAAUCUAUUAAAACUUGUAUGAAGUAGGUUUAAACAUUUUUAUGGAAUAAGAAGAAUUUUUAAAAUAUAACUGUGUGUUGUCAUAAUAUAAUA